AUUUAAAUAACAACCAUGCAAGCUUUCACUCCACCGAAAGCUCCAGCAGCUGGCUCACAAUCGUCGAGACUGAAGCGUCAACGUAGUGAUAUCAUUUCACGCUUUGGGUUUGCUUCUGUUGAGUUUUGCUGCCAUCGCCAUGUCCGUCGGUCCAAUUGUGGGCGGGAUCAGUCCGCUGGAGGGGGAGAGGAGGAAGGAGGCUCUGGAACUCCUGGACGCCACCCUCGCACAGCUGGCCACCGGAGAUGGUCCCAGCUACAAGGCACUUAAUGUGACCUCUGUGACGGGUCAGGUCGUAGCUGGAACACUCUACACCUACGAGGUCCAGCUGGAUAAUGGAUCCGAGCAAAAGCAGGGCACCGUGAAGAUCUGGACACAGCCCUGGCUGAAGGAGAACGGCACCAACAUCAAUAUCAAGUUUCCGGGCGAGGACGGCGAACUGGACCGUACCUGGUAGAAGGAUUUACCCCAGACCAGCAAUUUAACUUAACAAUAACUCUAGUUGAGAUCACAAAUGUUACUGGGCAAAAGAUUUUGUUCCAAUUCGCCUGUUACUGUACAAUAUAUAUUCGGUUAUUUAUAGAGAAAGAGGA